UAUUAACCCAACAAGUAGUCUUAGUAGUAGGCCUGCUGUAAUGUAUGCUAGUCAGUGCAAUAUACAAAAGGUUGUUCUUACUGUUUACCAGCAGAGGGGGCAAUGAACCCAGGUUUGGAAUACAUUUCAAUGGAGUUGAGACAAUGCAAGGCAUCAACACACCUUAUAGGCUACCAGAUGGGUGGGUGAACUCAAUAAAACAUUGUAUUAUUGACUCAUAUUGUCCUAACCAUUUAAACUAAGCUAUAGACCUACUUUAAAUCAACCCAGGAUUAAAAACAAAGCGUUUUGUUGUAAUGAAAGCAUCAUAAUCCCCAUUAGACUCAUGACCCUAUUGAGUCUAGCUUUUCAAAACAACAUCCUAAUGUUCACUUUCUGAAGAACAGGUGGUUACAUAAAUAGGCUAGUUAAGUGGUUAGCUAGCUAAUUAAAUGGGGAAAAUGGAUUCCAUAAGUCACUAUACAGUCUCCAUCAGGAUGAGGCAUACACUCACUAAUAGUUGAGUUAAUAAUAAUAUUUAAAAAAUCAAUCAAAUGUCCUAAUCCUUUAAUCCCAUAGGGAUAGCCUACAUUUCGACUGUAGGUUAUUUAAAAGCAUAAUUGACUAACCUAGGCCUAUUUGAGAGCAUAAUGUGCUGUAGCACAUCAUGUGUGACAAUGUGUGACAUGUCUAAAGACAGAAAGAUUACAGACUCGUCAAACAAUGAGUUUUUAAUAAUACUGUCUCAUUAUCCAGACACCUUUGCUCAUCCUCAUUCUGUCUCUACAUUGUUUAAACGUAGUAGCAAUAGCAUAUUAUUGCAUGCUCGACUAUCAUUUUAUGAUGCCCUCGUGAGAAGCACAGCCGGUGAUGUGAUGUGCUGUCCGAAAAGUACAGACGAAUCUGAGUAGGCGUUACCUUGGGAAAUCUGAGUUCCUCACUUCGCGGCUCAAGGGCAUUCAAAACGGUUCGGACGCGUUUUUCGGAGAGAGGUUACAGAAGAUGUUCAAAACGUUCAAUCUCUCACGGGCGCUUCUUGUGAUAAACCGGCGCGCUUAUGAAGUUGUUACAGCCUACUUGGACUAAAUCAACAGCUGUGUGCACAACGACUGCUUCUGGACGGAGCACAUGAAAUCAUUUAUUUUGAGUACAUUUAUUGGAAAGUGCUAUAAAAUAUAAAUUGGUCAACUCAGAACCGUAAAAAAGAAGCCUAAUAAGGAGUUGGGUUAACAACUGGUAGGAUAGACUACGCGCGUUUUUUUUUUUCAUCCAACACGGGAUGCACCUUGCAUUAAUACUUUUUUAUAUUUCUUUCAACUAAUUAUAAUGCUUUUGAAAUAAGGUGUUUCGGAUGGUCUGGAAUUGUCUAAAGAGUAUUUGACAAGGUCUUACUUUGCGUAGCUCUACCAGUGGAUGGAAAUUCCUAAAUGUAUUGAAUUAGACUGGAGGACGCAAUGCUAUAAAUAAAGGAGUUUCACAUCUGGUGAAGUCAACCCUAGGACAGGAGACUCAGGAUGAGAAGAUGGCCACCCUGCUGCUACCACCGGGUCCUGACAGCUUGCACCGGUUCUCCCGGGAGUCUCUGGCUGCCGUGGAGCAGCGGAUCGCAGAGGAAGAGGCCCGGCGCACCAAGCACUACCAGGAGGACCUGGGAGACGUGGAGCUGCCCCGGCCCCGGGCCGACCUGGAGGCUGGCAAACAGCUGCCGCGCAUCUUCGGCGACAUCCCCGCCGGCCUGGUGGGCGUCCCACUGGAGGACUUUGACCCGUUCUACUUCAAGAACCACAGAACAUUUAUAGUACUGAACAAAGGGAAGGCCAUCUUCCGAUUUAGUGCCACAUCUGCACUCUAUAUUUUUAGCCCCUUUCAUCCUGUUAGAAGAGCAUCAAUAAAGGUUUUAGUACACUCGUUAUUCAGUCUGUUCAUAAUGUGCACUAUUUUGACCAACUGUUGCUUCAUGGCCAUGUCGGAACCAGCGUAUUGGGCCAAGUAUGUCGAGUACACUUUCACUGGCAUUUACACGUUUGAGUCGUUGAUAAAGAUUCUGGCGAGGGGAUUCUGUGUGGGGCCAUUUACCUUCCUGCGGGACCCGUGGAACUGGCUGGAUUUCAGUGUGAUUGUCAUGGCAUAUGUUACUGAGUUUGUGGACCUGGGCAAUGUCUCAGCCUUACGGACGUUCAGAGUCCUACGAGCACUGAAAACUAUCUCAGUCAUCCCAGGCCUGAAGACCAUCGUGGGCGCGCUGAUCCAGUCGGUGAAGAAGCUAGCAGACGUGAUGAUCCUGACCGUGUUCUGCCUCAGUGUGUUUGCCCUCAUUGGCCUGCAGCUCUUCAUGGGUAACCUGCGGCAGAAGUGCGUCCGCAGCACGGCGCACUGCAUCAACAGCACCCUCAACACCAACACCACCUUCUUCUGCAACAACCGGACGUGGCCCUCGCUCAAAGACUUCAUCGCAGACGAAGACAACUACUACAAAGUGGAGGGAGCUAAGGAUGCCUUAAUAUGCGGGGACGGGAGUGAUGCUGGGCAUUGCCCAGAUGGGUUUCAAUGUUUGAAGGCAGGAAGGAACCCUAACUAUGGUUACACCAGCUUCGACAGCUUCGGCUGGGCAUUCCUGUCCCUCUUCCGGCUCAUGACACAAGACUACUGGGAAAACCUCUAUCACCAGACUCUGCGGUCAGCAGGGAAGACCUACAUGGUGUUCUUUGUGGUGGUCAUCUUCCUGGGUUCCUUCUACCUGGUCAACCUGAUCCUAGCUGUUGUGGCCAUGGCCUACGAGGAACAGAACCAGGCCACCAUCCAGGAGGCCUGGCAGAAAGAGAAAGAGUUCCAGCUGGCCAUGGAGCGCCUGAAGAGGGAAGCGCAGAAAGCUCAGGAUACAGAAUCAUUGAUGUCCCCGGGCCUGGCUCUCCCUGAUGACAAGGAACUGCAGAGCAGGAGGAGAAGUCUGGAGGGGCUGGUGGAGGAGGUAGAGAACGGGGGAGACGUGGAGAAGGGAUACGUGAAGAUGUUGAAGGUGGAUACAGUGGAUGGGGGCAGGCCGACACAUCCACUCCUCGUCCGCACCAUCUCCACACGCACCAGACGAGGCAGCAACGUCAGCAUCUUCAGCUUCCGUCCCCGGAACAAAGACUCGGAGGGCGACUUCGCCGAUGACGAGUUCAGCAUCCAUGGGGACAAUGAGGGAACACACAGUCGUGCUGGGUCCCUGGUGAUCCCAUGGAGCACCAGACGCAGGCCCAGUACCUACAGCACCGGCAGCCGGGGUUCCCAGGUCUUCCUCAACGUCAAUGGGAAGCUGUUUGUGGCCAUGGACCAGAAUGGGGUCGCCCCGCAGGGACUCCCAGCCUGCACCAUGGAGAAGGUCAAGGAGGAGAGUGGGCCUAACUCCAGCACUGAGCUGAGCACCAUGCUGCUGCCUCGCCCGGUGUCCAGAGAAGAGCUUGUGCGGCGGGGCCGAGCUCUGAGCGGGGCCAGCUACCUCACAGACGCCUUGGAGGAACUGGAGGAGUCGCAUCAGAAAUGUCACCCCUGCUGGUAUGAGUUUGCCCACAAGUACCUGAUCUGGGAAAGCAGUCCACGCUGGCUGCGGUUGAAGGCGCUGGUCAAGGUGAUGGUGAUGGAUCCCUUCCUGGACCUAGCCAUUACCAUCUGCAUCGUGCUCAACACCCUGUUCAUGGCCAUGGAGCACUACCCCAUGACUGACGAGUUCAAUGGUAUGCUGUCCAUAGGCAAUCUGGUAUUCUCCGGGAUCUUCACAGCUGAGAUGGUCUUAAAGAUCAUCGCUCUGGACCCCUACUACUAUUUCCAGCAAGGUUGGAACAUCUUUGACAGCAUCAUCGUGUGCCUCAGCCUCAUGGAGCUGGGCCUGUCCGACGUGGAAGGACUGUCUGUUCUCCGAUCCUUCAGACUGCUGAGGGUGUUCAAGUUGGCCAAGUCAUGGCCCACCCUCAACACGCUCAUCAAGAUCAUCGGCAACUCAGUGGGCGCCCUGGGAAACCUGACCCUGGUGCUAGCCAUCAUAGUCUUCAUCUUUGCCGUGGUGGGCAUGCAGCUGUUCGGCAAGAACUACCAGGACUGCGUGUGUAAGAUCUCCAAGGACUGUACGCUGCCGCGCUGGCACAUGAAGGACUUCUUCCACUCGUUCCUCAUUGUGUUCCGGGUGCUGUGCGGCGAGUGGAUCGAGACCAUGUGGGACUGUAUGGAGGUGGCAGGGCAGCCUCUCUGCCUACUGGUCUUCAUGCAGGUCAUGGUGAUCGGGAACCUGGUGGUGCUCAACCUUUUCCUAGCCUUGCUGCUGAGCUCGUUCAGCUCGGACAACCUCUCGGCACCCGACGAUGACGGCGAGAUGAACAACCUGCAGAUUGCCAUUGGCCGCAUCAAAAGCGGCAUGGGCUGGCUCCGAAGCCAGAUCUGCGACUUCUUCAACGGCAACUUCAAGCGGCGGCAGCAGAAGAGCAAAGAAGCCGAGGCAAUGCUGAAGCUCAAGAGGCUGAGCCACGGCGCUCCGCUUGGCGAGGUGGGCAACGGGACAGCGGUGGCGGUGGGGGGAGGGUUCGGGCACCACGGGGAGAAGAUUAUGGUCCCGGAGGUGGACGACAGCUACAUGACCAACCCCAACCUGACCAUCAGUGUGCCCAUCGCUCCUGGCGAGUCGGACGUGGAGUUCCCCGAGGAUGAGGAUGAGGAGGAAGAGGGGGAGAGCGAGAGCUCAGAGGAGGAGGAAGAGAGCAAGCAGGUGAAGGAUGACAUCAGCCUAUCCGAGGGCAGCACGGUGGAUCUGAGGAAGCCAGGGGAGGAAGAGGAUGAGUAUUCAGAGAUGGCUGAAGAGACCAUGGAUCCUGACAACUGCUUCCCUGAUGUGUGCGUACGUCAUUUCCAGUGCUGUGAUAUCCAAACCACGGAGGGCCUGGGCCAGGCAUGGUGGCGGUUGAGGAAGACCUGCUUUCAGAUCGUGGAGCACAGCUGGUUCGAGUCGUUCAUCAUCUUCAUGAUCCUGUUGAGCAGCGGCGCUCUGGCCUUUGAGGACAUCUACAUCGAACAGAGAAAAGUGAUCAAAGUGGUGCUGGAGUACGCCGACAAGAUCUUCACCUACAUUUUCAUCCUGGAGAUGCUCCUUAAGUGGAUCGCCUACGGAUUCAAGAAGUACUUCACUAACUACUGGUGCUGGCUGGAUUUCCUGAUUGUGGAUGUGUCUUUGGUGAGUCUAGUAGCUAACACGCUGGGCUACUCGGACUUCGCUGCCAUCAAAUCACUUAGAACCCUCAGAGCUCUGAGGCCACUAAGAGCACUGUCCCGAUUUGAAGGCAUGCGGGUUGUGGUGAACGCCCUGAUCGGCGCCAUCCCGUCCAUCAUGAAUGUCCUGCUGGUGUGCCUAAUCUUCUGGCUCAUCUUUAGCAUCAUGGGGGUCAACCUGUUCGCCGGCAAGUACGGCCGCUGCGUCAACCGGACGGGCUACAUCCACAACGUGUCUGUGGUCAACAACAAGACCGACUGCCUGGCCAUGAACGACACGCAGUUCUACUGGACCAAAGUCAAGGUCAACUUCGACAACGUGGGCGCUGGUUACCUUGCACUCCUACAAGUUGCUACAUUCAAAGGCUGGAUGGACAUCAUGUAUGCAGCAGUGGAUUCUCGUGCUGUGGAGGAACAGCCUAUCAGAGAGGUCAACAUGUACAUGUACCUCUACUUCGUCAUCUUCAUAAUCUUUGGCUCCUUCUUCACCCUCAACCUCUUCAUCGGGGUCAUCAUCGACAACUUCAACCAGCAGAAACGAAAGUUAGGUGGGCAAGACAUCUUCAUGACAGAGGAACAGAAAAAGUAUUACAACGCCAUGAAGAAGCUAGGGUCUAAAAAGCCUCAGAAACCGAUUCCAAGGCCAGUGAACCAAGUGCAGGGCUUCUUCUUUGACCUGGUGGGCAAGCAGGCGUUCGACAUCAUCAUCAUGGUCCUCAUCCUGCUCAACAUGAUUACCAUGAUGGUGGAGACGGACGAGCAGCCGGCCCAUAUGGAGUACAUCCUCAACAAAAUCAACCUGGCCUUCAUCAUCAUCUUCUCCUGCGAGUGCCUCAUCAAGAUCGUGGCGCUGCGCUGCUACUUCUUUACCAUUGGCUGGAACAUCUUCGACUUUGUGGUGGUCAUCCUCUCCAUCGUUGGUAUCGUUCUCGCUGACAUCAUAGAAAAGUACUUUGUGUCGCCCACUCUGUUCCGAGUCAUCCGAUUAGCCAGGAUCGGACGAGUACUGCGACUCAUCCGCGGAGCCAAAGGAAUAAGGACCUUACUCUUUGCCUUAAUGAUGUCCCUUCCUGCCCUGUUCAACAUCGGCCUCCUGCUCUUCCUUGUAAUGUUCAUCUACGCCAUCUUUGGCAUGGCCAACUUUGCCUACGUCAAGAAGCAGGCAGGCAUCGACGACAUGUUCAACUUCGAGACAUUCGGCAACAGUAUGAUCUGUCUGUUCCAGAUCACCACGUCGGCAGGCUGGGACGGCCUGCUCAGCCCCAUCCUCAACAACUCUCCGGAAGAGUGCAACCCCAACCUCAUCCACACAGGCACAAACGCCCGGGGAAACUGUGGCAACCCCUCGGUGGGCAUCACCUUCUUCGUCACCUACAUCAUCAUCUCCUUCCUCAUAGUGGUAAACAUGUACAUCGCCAUCAUCCUGGAGAACUUCAGCGUGGCCACCGAGGAGAGCACGGAGCCGCUGAGUGAGGAUGACUUUGAGAUGUUCUACGAGGUGUGGGAGAAGUUUGACCCAGAAGCCACGCAGUUUAUCGAGUAUGCCAAGCUGUCAGACUUUGCAGACACGCUGUCGGAGCCGCUGCGCAUCGGCAAGCCCAACAAGAUCAAGCUGAUCUCCAUGGACCUGCCCAUGGUGAGCGGUGAUAAGAUCCACUGCCUGGACAUUCUGUUCGCCUUCACCAAGCGCGUGCUGGGCGAGUCGGGCGAGAUGGAUGCUCUCAAACAGCAGAUGGAGGAGAAGUUCAUGAUGGCCAAUCCGUCCAAGAUCUCCUACGAGCCCAUCACCACCACGCUGAGGCGCAAGCAGGAGGAUGUGUCAGCCGCUGUCAUCCAGAGGUGCUACCGCAGGCACCUGGUGCGGAGGCAAAUGAAGCAAGCCUCCUUCCUGUACAGAUCAAUGCAGAUCAAUCUGACGCAGAGCCCCACGGGCGACGGGGGCACCGCUCCAGAGAAAGAGGGCCUCAUAGCCUCCAUGAUCAAGGAGAACUACGGGGGGCCUGAGAUGGAGCUGAUGGAGACCCUGUCCUCCACCUCCUCUCCGCCGUCUUACGACAGUGUCACACGGGCGACUAGUGAACUUUUCCAAGUUCUGAUUUCCGAACAGUCAAGGAACACUGACCUGAGGGAACAUUGCCCCGCCCCCGACAGAGAACCAGACAGAGACUGCGAGACAUUUCUGUAACGGCAACUAGGAAAUGCUUUUUUUCCUCUUUUUCUGUUUACCGAAUGUAACAUAGCUCAAAUGACACUGGUUUAGUACUUGUGGUUGUCCAGAGAAACUGCAGGGGUUUUCAUAGAGAAAAGGCUAACUAUUUAUUUAUUUUUGGAGAACAUCCUUUGAGGGAGUACACAAAGGUGGCGUGUGUAAAUCCUAGAUGUCCUUUGACCCUGCUCAUGUCAACUUUGCUUCACAGUUAAUAUGCAUGAAUGACCUCUGCAGGGUCACGACAAUUAUAUCACUGAUGUAAAAAUAAUUUAUUAGACUGAAGGAAAUACAGUUUAUCAAUAUUUACAAAGUAUGAGUUCAUUAAAGGUCUUACUAUUAUUGGUGUGAUUACUUAUAAUAAAUAGUUUUCAAAUUGUGAGAUGUGAGAAAGAAAAAAACAAAGGGAUAAAGCAUUUCGUAGUAAAGUAUAACAUGGUUGAUGUUACCAGUCUUUCAUAGCAGUACAAUUAUUACUAUUUUUUAUAUUUUUAGAGUAAGAAAAAAAACAUGGCCUCUUCUGAAUUGCAGUACUACCACAUUGUUACAAGAUGAAAGGGCAGGUAAUUACUUUUCACAUUAAAAGAACAUUGUAUUUUAACAGUUUUUAGCAUUUUUGCAUUUGCUUUUACACGUAAAGAAGUCCCGGGAUAUCCGGAGGCCCUGCAUUUUAGUUAUUUUUCUUUCAUAACGAUCUGGUCCUAGUUACACAAAGCUAAGAAGCAGUGCAGUAACCAUGAUCUGUAUGUGACAAUCAAACCUACAUCUAUCUCAUGGUUACGAUUGACAGAUUUUUCUUUCUCCAUAACUUCUUUAGGAUUAAAACUGCCCCAAUGGCUGCAUAUUUUAUAUGAGCAUCAGAGAUCAUAUUCACUAUUAGUCGGACGGAUAAUCGUCCUAUUUAUGUUUUAUUUAAAGUGUGUUUUGCAUGUUUUGACUGCAUCAUAUAGAUGCGCUCAAGACUGAAAAACAAUUAUUUAUCAAUUUUGCACAAACUGUGUUUAGCAAUAAUUUACUACUUUUUAAGAUAAAAGUGUCAAAGUUUGUAUAGCAUUUCUUUUGCUUGAACUCUACAGACCUUUCAGCUUCUCUUGGUUACCCAUAGCUUAGGCCUACUCUCAACUAUAUAACUGACACUGGUUUCUAUUUUACUCAAAUAAUAAUAAGGACACCGCUCAACUUUAAUAGGAAAUAUAUUUUCAGGUUAUGGUUGCAGGUGUGUUGAAGGGCUGUUUUCUGUAGCAAUAGAUCCAGUGUGUGCCUGGUAUAUACCCCUGUCCUGUUUCUAAAUGGACCUCUACUCACAUCGUUCCCCCAUUAGAUUCCAUGGGUGUGACUGGGAUCGCACUGCUAUUUACCAGUGUCUACGGGGACUUUUCUAAAGACAUUUCUGAUUGCAUGCUUUGUAUUGGGAACAUUGGGGAAGAUGUUUAAAAUCCUAUUCGUUUUUGGGUGGGACAUUUUUACACAAAAAUGUCAUGGUGAAAAGUCAACUCUGCACAUCUCUGUCAUAAAUGUACUGUUUUCAUCAUAACGAGAGCUGCUUAAUCAUAAAAACAACCAAGACAUGCACAGAAAAUGCUUAUUUUUCAUUCUUAUAAACUGUCAGAAAUGCAAUAGCCUACAACAGGUAUCUUCUCAGCAGUCAGUAUAUAAUUGUUUUGUUGUUAUAAUGAUUAUUCUCAGAGCAUUUCUCACUGCUCAACCACAAUGCAGUGCCUCAGUAAAGCCCCCAUUGCAGUAAAUAUUAUUAAUCUAGUGUACAGAUUUCAGUUUCCAUUUAACCCAUCUGAACAGUUCCCUAGAUGUGCCAUAGGCCUAUUUGAAGUCCCCAUCUUGUGACUGUUACAUUUGUAUAGCACCUCACAAUCAUCACACAAAACACAGCCGGCAUUGCUAUGAUCUUCUUUAACCACUUCGACAAAUCUUUCCCAAACAUUACUUUUCUGGCCCUCCUUUCUCUUUAUAUUCAACUGUCCAUUUCACAGCUUUUCUCUUAUUGAAUUAAACUCCGACAUUGUCCUUUUGCCUCUAUGGAUCAACGUUUUCUGCCAGUUCCCAAAGCAUUUGGCGAUUGGCGUGUAGGCUAUUUGGCACACGUACAGUUAGGCCCUAAAUCUUAUAGGCUUACGCACUAAUGCCAGAUAGUCUGAAAUAAUGAAAGAAAACCUUGAUGUUGCCUAUAGAUAUCAAUUGUAGAAGAAUGAUACAUUUAUGGAUUUUUUAUAAGGUAUUGUUUUCUCUUUAUUCAACCCGCCCGCCACUCAAAAUAUCAAUUAGUUUAGAAAAUAUCAGAAUUGGGCUACCUGUCUAAACGCAGCCUAUUUGGUUAUACAAGGAAGAUUGGCUACUGAAACGGAAACCCCACCAGUGCUGCAAUGCAGAUGUCCCACCAACCCUCAAAAGAGAUGAUGUAAUUUGGAAUCAGUUGGGUUAAUUCUGGCAUCAGUAAUUUGGUAAUAAAUUUUUUUCCAACACAGAUUGAAAGGGACCUACUUAGGCUACCUAAGAUGAUCAAAUCCUAAGGUAGGGCCAACAAUACAGAAAAUGCAGAAAAAAACAUUACAUUAAAGUCUGGUCAUGCAUGGAUGUUAAAAACAGUAGAGGAAAUGUCUAAGCCUAUUUUCAUUGUGCUGUGCAUAUUGCUAUGUGCAACAAGAAGGAGACAGUCAAAAUGGAUCCUAAACCUGUCUUCGGGCUCAAUUCAAUCAAGCUUAAAACACAGUAUUCAUACUGUAGUCAGAAACAUCAUAGAACGGUUAUCAUGUAAUGUAGGCUAAUGCCAGAGGAUGACUCUGAGGUUCUCUGAGGAUAAUAAGAAUGCACAUCUGUAAUUACUGUCAAAAUAAAAACCUUCACACGUCAUUGCUUAUGGUUU